UCCACAUACACCCCCUUCCUCCUCAAGCUCUACGACCUCGUCGUCCUCAGCAUCUCCAACUCGUACGCCUGGCACUGCUCCACCACGGCCGUCCAGCUGCCCCUGUUCCAGUCCUCCCUCGGCCGCCGGCAUCUCGACGUCGGCGUCGGCACGGGCUACUAUCCCGCCCACGCCCUCAAGUCCUCCAGCACCAACAACACCAGCACCAACGACAAGACGACGACGACGACGACGCCCUGCCGCGAAAUCGUCCUCCUCGACCUCAACCCCCACACGCUCGACCUCGCCGCCGCCCGCAUCGCCGCCGCCCAGCCCGCCGUCAAAAUCCGCUCCGUCGUCGCCGACGUCACCGACCCCGCGACUCUCCUCCCAGCGCUGCCCCCCAGCGAGGAGAAGUUUGAUUCCAUCAGCGUCUUCUAUCUACUGCAUUGUCUAGCGGGCCCGCCAGAGAGCAAGAACCGCGUGUUUGACCUGUUGAGGGAGUAUGUUGCCGAUGAAGGCGUCCUGGUCGGGACGACCAUCUUGGGGGAGGAGAGGCCGAUGAACUGGCUGGCGAGACGGCUGAUGACGAUUUACAAUUCAAAGGGCAUCUUUGAUAAUUGGAAGGACACGAGGGCCGUGUUUGAGGAGGGGCUGAGGAGGAAUUUCGGAGAGGUGGAUGUGCAGAUUAUUGGGAGGACGAUGGUGUUUACCGCGAGGAGACCUAUCAGGGCUUCGUCAUGA